AUGGAGUCAAUAGCAAGGAUCUCGAGUCUCAUGGAGACUGCGAGGGAGCUCACCCUCGAUGCAGCCCAGGCGACGCGCGGUGCGCGCACAAGCUCCAGACCUCUAGACCGGAACCAGAUGCGGAAGCUGUUGGAUAGUCGGAACGAUCGCGAGGUUCUUGAGGGGUUACGGCGUGUUAUCGCGAUGAUGUACCGAAACCACAAGACCUUACCAUUCUUCUCAUCUGUUGUCAAGAAUGUCGCAUCGCCGAAUAUCGAGAUCAAGAAGCUUGUGUACAUUUACCUUAUUCACCAUGCCGAACAGGAGCCCGACCUCGCCCUACUAUCGAUCAACACUAUUCAGAAAUCACUAUCCGACCAGAACCCCCAAGUCCGAGCUCUCGCCCUCAAGACCAUGUCUGGAAUCCGAGUCCCUGUCAUCAGUCAAAUCGUGUCUCUCGCUAUCAAGAAAGGUGCCGCCGACAUGAGCCCCUACGUGAGGAAAGCCGCCGCCCUUGCGAUUCCGAAGUGUCAUCGAUUGGACCCGAGUCAAGCGCCGCAGCUGAUCGAAUAUCUGACGACUUUGCUGGGUGACAAGCAAUACUUUGUCGCUGGAGCUGCCGUGUCGGCUUUCUUAGAGAUUUGUCCUGACCGGAUAGAUCUUAUACAUAAGCAUUAUCGCGCCCUCAUCAAGCAAGUGGUAGAUAUGGACGAAUGGAGCCAGCUGGCUACACUGCGACUGAUGAUGUAUUAUGCGCGCAAGUGUUUCCCUCGAAAGCUACAGUCCCCAGAUGAAGCGACCGAACAUUCUCAGGAGCAGAAAGUGGACGACUUCUACGGCGAAUCACGACAAGGCAAUCGAGGUCAGGGAUCGUCGGUUUUGGACCCAGACCUAGCACUGCUGUUGAGUGGCAUUAUACCUCUUCUACAGAGCCGAAACGCCGGUGUUGUUGUCGCCGUUACCAGAUGCUACGUCGAUAUUGGAACGCCGGAAUAUGUCAAGCAAGCCAUUGGCCCCUUAAUCGCACUGCUUCGUGGAGCUCAGGAUAUACAAGAGACUGCUCUUUUCAACAUUGUUGCUGUUUGUCUUAUUCGACCCGCAGACUUUGUUAAAUAUGCUAGUCACUUCCUGGUUCGAGCCACCGAUCCUGCUCCUGUCUGGGAAUUGAAACUGGAAAUUUUGACAAUUAUAUUCCCCCACAGCCCGCCUCACGUCAAAAGUCUUAUUCUAAAGGAGCUCGAACACUUCUCGCAGGGAACAAACAAAGCAUUGGUUCGUGAGGCGGUGCGCGCUAUUGGUCGCUGCGCCCAAACCGAUACAACUACGGCUCCUCGAUGUUUGAAGCUGCUCCUGGGUCAGAUCACCAGUUUGGACGGUACUCUGGCUGCAGAGUCGUUGACUGUUAUUCGCCACUUGAUACAGCAGGAUGUUCAGGGUCAUGUUGGAACAGUUGUCCGGCUAGCGAAGAACCUCGACUCGGCCACAGAUCCUCAAGCGCGUGCUACGAUCGUGUGGCUGGUUGGUGAAUUCUCUGGUCUGAAUGGAGAGGACAAUAUUGCGCCAGAUGUUCUUCGCAUCUUACUCAAGGAGUUUACCAACGAAUCCCCAGUUGCGAAGCAACAGAUUCUGCUCUUGGCAGCCAAGGUCUACCUUCAUCACCUCAACCGCAGGAGUGAAGCGGAAAAGGAGCGGGAUGCAGAGGAGGACUCACCAAUGGAGGCGGACACGCAUCCUAUCGUGAGACUAUGGGAGUAUGCUCUUCUUCUUGUCAGAUAUGACACAUCAUUCGACCUUCGAGAUCGUGCUAGAAUGUAUCGAGCUCUUCUUGCGGUCCCUCAACUGGCGACAUUAAUGUUGCUUGCUGAGAAGCCCGCGCCCCAGGCCCCAAGUCCAUCUGAAUCUCGGAAGGGAUUCCUGCUGGGCUCCUCCACAUUGGUACUCGCUGGUGGCGGUGGCAUCCAUGGUCUUCGGGGAUAUGAACCCCUGCCUGGCUGGGUCGAGGAAGGAAAGCAACCUGACCGCCGACUGCGAGAACCGGAAGGUAGUCAGAGUUCCAGGUACGAUGUGGAGAGAAGUACACUGCCUGCUAGUGACAGACUCGACGAGGCGGCAAAGACAGCCAUGCCUAUCAAGGCAAAUGCAAACGGCACAGGCGAAGGAGUAGGUGUCAAGACGUUGGAUGAUUGGCUUGGAGAAGAGGAGAAAGAAAGUGACGAGACAGAGGAAGAAUCAUCAGAGGAAUCAUCAGAGGAUGAAGACGACGAGGAAGAGGAUGAUGAUGAUGAAAACGACGAUGACGACGAUGAGGAGGAGGAAUCAGACAGUGACGAUGAUGGGGAAGCUGAUAGACUGGUCAAAUCCUAA